CACCCUCCCAAGGCCAUCCCGGUGCCCCGCGCGUCCCCGCCGCCGCGCUCCCGCUUCCCCACGACCCCUGCGCUCUUGCACGCUCACUUGCCUGUCCCUCGUCGCUGUCGCCGCCACCGCCGGGCCAUGGCGACCUGCUUUCUGCUGCGGAGCUUCUGGGCCGCGCGUCCGGCGCUGCCGCCUCCGGGCCGCCGCAGCCUCCGUCCGGUUCCCGCGGGAGCCCAGCGGCGCAGCUACGCCCGUGGCCCCGCUGGCCUCCCCGCCGACCUACUUCGCGGGGACAGCUUCGUGGGCGGCCGUUGGCUCCCAGCCCCCGCCACCUUCCCGGUGCACGACCCGGCCAGCGGCGCCACGCUGGGCACCGUGGCCGAUUGCGGGGUGCCCGAGGCCCGAGCUGCCGUGCGCGCCGCCUACGACGCCUUCAGCAGCUGGAAAGGGGUCUCAGUCAAGGAGAGGAGUUCAUUACUUCGUAAAUGGUAUGACUUAAUGAUGCAAAAUAAGGACGACCUUGCCAAGAUCAUAACAGCGGAGAGCGGAAAGCCACUAAAAGAAGCCCAGGGAGAAGUUCUGUAUUCAGCCCUUUUCCUAGAAUGGUUCUCCGAGGAAGCUCGCCGUGUUUACGGAGACAUCAUCUAUACCUCUGCCAAAGAUAAGCGAGGGCUGGUCCUCAAGCAGCCCAUCGGGGUGGCUGCAAUCAUCACCCCGUGGAAUUUUCCUAGCGCCAUGAUCACCCGGAAAGUGGGGGCCGCCCUGGCAGCCGGCUGCACUGUGGUGGUGAAACCAGCUGAAGACACGCCCUACUCCGCCCUGGCCCUGGCUCAGCUUGCAAACCAGGCGGGGAUCCCUCCAGGAGUCUAUAAUGUCAUACCCUGCUCUAGAGCCAAGGCCAAGGAAGUGGGAGAGGCACUAUGUACUGAUCCAUUGGUGUCCAAAAUUUCCUUUACUGGCUCAACAGCAACAGGAAAGAUCCUGCUACACCAUGCCGCAAAUUCCGUGAAGCGUGUCUCCAUGGAGCUGGGUGGCCUCGCCCCAUUCAUUGUCUUUGACAGUGCCAACGUGGACCAAGCUGUUGCAGGGGCGAUGGCAUCUAAGUUUAGGAACGCUGGGCAGACUUGCGUUUGCUCGAACAGAUUCCUGGUACAGCGGGGUAUCCAUGAUUCCUUUGUGAAGAAGUUUGCAGAAGCGAUGAAGAAAAGCCUGCGUGUGGGUAAUGGAUUCGAGGAGGGGACAACUCAAGGGCCGUUAAUUAAUGAGAAAGCGGUAGAAAAGGUGGAGAAGCAUGUGAAUGACGCAGUCGCCAAAGGAGCCACGGUUGUGAUGGGCGGGAAGCGACACCAAAGUGGAGGAAAUUUCUUUGAGCCCACCCUGCUCAGCAAUGUCAGCGUGGACAUGCUGUGCAUCACGGAGGAGACCUUUGGCCCCCUGGCUCCAGUUGUCAAGUUUGAUAAAGAAGAAGAGGCCGUUGCCAUUGCAAAUGCAGCUGAUGUUGGAUUGGCAGGUUACUUUUAUUCUCAAGACCCAGCCCAGAUCUGGAGAGUGGCGGAGCAGCUGGAGGUGGGCAUGGUCGGCGUGAAUGAAGGACUGAUCUCUUCAGUGGAGUGUCCUUUUGGUGGGGUGAAGCAGUCUGGCCUUGGGCGAGAAGGGUCCAAGUAUGGCAUUGAUGAGUAUCUAGAGAUCAAGUAUGUGUGUUAUGGAGGCUUGUAGCAGGGUUUUCCACUUCUUUAAGAAAUAAAACUACCUAGAUCUCUAGGGACAUGACAUGCAUUUUUUAAAAAAUGGACAAGUAGGUUAUCAGAAUUAUGAAUUUUUUAAAAAAAAUUCAGCCAGUCAUCAUUUUAGAUGUGAAUCCUAACCCUUUCCUUAUCUAACUAGGGACCAAUGAAUGCCAUAUACCUGUGGUUGUGGGCCCCAGCCAGGACUGGGACCUCAGCACAACCCCACUGCCUCAGGACAAGGUACAGUGUGAGGGUGCACGUGGGCACUGGGUCCCCAGGCCGAAUGGGACCGCCCAACUUGGACCCAGAUUUCAGGAAAGGAAACACUGGGGGGAUGAAACAGCUGGAUAAGCAGAAAGGGCACAUCCCUGCCUCUUCGGCAUCUCUCAGCUUGAUGAUGAACCGCUGCCUGUUGUGGGGAGGGGCUGAGGAGGGUGGCAAAGGCUUUGGUUUCCCAAGACUUCUUUCUAAGCCACACAGCAUUGCCUGUGCUAUGUGGAAUGAGGGGAAUGUUUCUCCUUGUUUCUAGGCUACUUUUUAAAUUGUUGGGGACAGGGUUUGGUUUUGUUUCAUCUUGGUUUGGUUUAGCAUUGUGAGACAGUGUCUUGCUAAGUAGGUCGCCAAGGCUGGCUUCAGACUGAGUUCUCCUGUUUCAGCCUCCGAAAUUCUGGGGUUACAGGUGUGUUCCACCACAGCUGGGUAAAUGGACGUCUCCACUGCCCUAAACUCACCGCGCAUGCUUCAUUUUGUUUCUCUUCGAAAAAUCAACCCAAGCUGGGGACAAAAUCUGCAGAGUCGGUUUGGCAGAGCAGAAAGCAUGGCUUGUAUUUCUUUCUGCUGGGUGUUGAACCCAUGGCCUGUGCAUACUAGCCUGUGUUCUAUCACUGAACUGUCCCAGACUUUUUUAUUUUAUUUCUUUUAAUUUAAUUCUUGAGACAGAGUCUUGGUAAGUUACCCUAGCUGGCCUUGAGCGUUUUAUUGUCUUGCCUCAGUAUGCUAAAUGGAAGGCAUGACUCUCAGCUGCUUAAAGGACCUUGUGAGCUUCAUAAAAUGAAGAAACUACAGCUUAAGUACAGGGACCAUUUUGAUUAUGAGCAGUCGCACCCUGCCCCACCCUGAGCUUGGAAGGUGGCUUUGUGGAGGAAAGCAGGUACCUACCGUUCACCUGCCUAAGUUUGAACCAGGUUUUCUGUUCCUGGGUGUGGCUGCUGCUAAGCUUCCAGAAGAGCAAAUACACUUUCACCACUGUGAAAAAAUAUUUCCACACUUGCCAGUUCCCUGUGGAAGAGAGCUGAAGCCAUGAAUCUCAGGCACCUUUGCCCCCAGUAAAAGCAUAUAUGGUUCAUGAUUCAAAACCAAAACAAAGCAAAACAAAAAAGCCACAUAGGGACCUGCAAAAUAGCUUAGUGGAUAAAGGCUUUGCCAGACAAGCCUGGUAACCUGAGACCUGAGUUCCACCCCUGGAGCUUACAUAAAGAGGGGAAGAGAGGGCCUGGAGAGAUGGCUCAGAGAUUAAAAGCACUGGCUGUUGUUCCAAAGGUCCUGGGUUCAAUUCCCAGCUACCACGUGGUAGCUUAAAACCAUCUAUAAUGAGUCUGAUGUCCUCUUCUGGCGUGCAGGCAUAGAUGCAGGUAGAAUACUGUAUACAUAAUAACUCAUUAAAAAAAAAAGAAAAAAGAUGGGAAGAGAGAACCAACCCCACAAAAUUUUCCUCUGACCUCCACAGUGCAUGAGAGGCAUUCUCUCUCUCUCUCUCCUCUCUCUCUCUCUCUCUCUCUCUCUCUCUCUUUCUCUCCAACUGGUCUUACUUUGAAACAAUUUAAAUGAGGAAAAUUCUAGGUUCUUGGAGACAUGCCUCCCAUCUACCUAGAAGUUGGCACCGCGCUCCAUGCUCUUGUCUGUGAAGAGAGCCCGCACGCAUACUCUGUGGGUGCUCUGCCUGUGAGAAGUCAACACUGAUAGGACUAGUUCCAGUGCUUCCUAAACAUUACUCUAGCCACUGGGAGCUUCCAAUAAGGAAUUCAUGGUUUUUAACAUCCCGAGCACAAGAAGCGAGCCUCCUACACAACUCAGCACAUUCAUGGUCUGUUUGCAGCUGGUUUCUAACAAAUUUUCUAAUUAAACUUAAUUUUUUUAUGAAUGUGGGUGUUUUGCCUACAUAUAUGUCUGUGCACCACAUGCAUGCUGGUGCCCUCAGAGGCCAGAAGAGGGCAUCAGAACACCUAGAACUGGGGAAAGUUGGCCGCCUCUGUCUGGAUGUGCUGGUAGGUGAACCCUGGCCCUCUGGAGGUGAGCAGACACUGCUCUUAACUGCCGAGCCAUCUUGCCAGCCCCAACAUUUCUAAUUCCUCGAUAUUUGUGCCCAUCUUUUUUUCAAUGAAGAAUACAAAUGCCCUGCUGUUAUUUUGUAGAAGAUAUACAUAAUACUGAGAUAUGAAGUCAUUUCAAAUACGCUUUAAACAGGGUGAGCCAGUGGGUGCCUGGACGUUGUGGCAAAUUUGUACUUGUUGUGUGUGCAUAUUUGACCCACUGGGUAUAUCACUGGCCCAGACAUUUGUUACAAUAAAUAUAAUCAAUUUUUGUGUUUAAAAUGAUGGGAGUGGAUAUCAGUGGUCAAGUGUAUACUUAGCUGCUGGAGGCUAUGUGACUAAUCAUCCCCAAAAAGAAAUUAACAUGGAAGAACAUCUUACUUAGAAAAAUGGUUUUGGGUUAUAGGGAGACAAUGAGUUUGGGUUUUGAUAUUAUUUAAAAACAGGCUCUCCUGUUGGCCUUAAAUUCCUGGGCUCAAAUGGCCCCCCUGACUUAGUUUCCCAAAUAGCUGUGACUGGAGGCAUCUUGUCACCAAAUCAGCUAAGAGUAGUUUAUCCUUCAUUUAGGGGUUUUUGAGUUUGGGUCUCAUGUAGUCCAGGUUCACCUUGGAACUCUCCUGCCCCGACUUCCUGUGCUGGAAUUAAACAUGUAUACUACCAUUCCCAGCCGAGCAGUGUUAGGUGAACCUUUGUUAUUGUUCCAUAAGAUGUGUGAUUGGUGGAAUUUUCGAAGAUGUCUAUACAGACAUGUAAGGACAAGGGCUGAAGAAACACAUGUGAGCCAAAUCUGACCUGCUGCCUGUUUAUUAACUCAUGUGCUUAAAAUAGUUAGCUGGGCAGUGGUGGUACACACCUUUGAUCCCAACACUUGGGAGGCAGAGGCCAGCUUGGUCUACAGAGCAAGUUGGGGAGGGAGACAGUGGUCUCCCAUGUUAUAAGGCACCAUUUCAUUCUAUUAAACCCCUGUGAAAAGGCACAUUUUAUAGGCAUUUGUUACAAGGAGUUCUUGGCUGUAAUUAUCAAAUAACAGCCUGAUAAUCCUGUCUCCUUGAAAAGCACUUUUCCCCAGGUGGUGGGGCUCACUGGAAGUGCCAAAGCUCAUCCGUCCAUCGGAGGGGCCUUUAAACAUACCCCCCCCCAUUACAAGUGCUUGUUACCUCUUUCUGCAACUUGGUUCUUCAGGACUCCGUGAGAGUAAAGAUCAGACACACAAUGUAAACAAGCCUGUUUUGUGAUGCUUUGACCUUCAAAUUGGGUCCCAUGGGUUUUCCUCUCUGAAGGCUGGAUCCCAGUGUUUUAAUUACCCAUGUGCAGCUAUUUAAAAAAACAGGAUUUUACUUGAAUACUGUGAUUGUUUCGUGGCAUACUAAGAGUUGGUGAGAAAUAUUUUGUUCUGUAAACAUGUAUAUGUCGAUUCAUUUUUCUACUGUUUGACAUUGGUCAACAGAGUUGAAUCUCCUUAAUAAAUGUAGAAUUGAACACGA